AUGCAUCUCCCGUCGUCCAUGGACCGUCUACCCGAGGAGCUCCUUGCUCUCAUCUGUGAGCAUUGUGAACAUGCAGACCUCAAGGUCUGUCGAUUGGUGAACAAGAGGCUCUGCGAAGCGAGUACUUGUCACGUUUUUGAAGACCUCUACUUGGGCCUGUUUGAGUAUUCGCUUUUCAAAGCAAGGGAUAUAUCGAAAUCACCCCUAGCGAAGCAUGUGAAGAGACUCACCAUCUACUCUGACAUUGUACCUUCGUGGACGAAAGAUAGUUGGCUGGGAGCCAUAGACUUCCGGCCUGCCUUCUCCAUCUACUUGGCAAGCAGGAAGUCGCAAGUAAGAGGAUUUGAAUCAGACUCUCCCGUCAUAUCCCGAUUGUACUCUGGCGACCCUCGGCGAGAUUACGAUACUCUUCCUCGACAUACUUUCACAGAAUCCGAGCUCACCGCAGGCUGGAACAGCUAUCAGAGGGUUGUUGGAGAGCAAACGCUGUGGAGGCAGGAUGCUCAUGGGUUGAUGUUCAAGGAGCUGUUCUCGUUGUUUCCCAAUCUCACAGACGCGAGUGUCCAGUGUGCUGUGCCUUUUUCAGGCCGGUGCAAUACUUGGCCUCUUUGGCGAAAUCUCCGAGAGAGGAUAUUCGUUGGUCCAGACGACUUCGUUUGGCGACAGCCGAUCGAAGAGCCAGACUACGCUCAUCAGACUGGCCAAGCUGCAUUACUUCUUCUGGAGGCGAUCGGAUAUCGAUCCUCCUUCGCAGCCACGAAACAAAUCACCAAGCUCAACAUUCAUUCUUCGCAUCUUGACCCUUACCUCAGUCUUAUGGAUCGCUCCUGCGGAAGUCACGGCAAGAGAUAUCAGACGAUACUCGCUGGGUUCCAACACCUCACAUCACUGUAUCUACAUGUCCCUCAUGCGACCGUCAGUGCUCAUGUCAGCGGUCUUGGAGUGUCAGUGGAAACGAUGGAAUUUCUGCGCACUGCAAGACACCUCCGAAAGCUGGACCUCCGCUAUGGUGACGACGAGAUGAGUCCAGAUGAUGAGUCUGAUUCCCAGCUAGAAAGUCUGUUUGAUUCGGAUGAUGUCCUCUGGCCCCAACUUGAGAAGCUCUCCUUAGCGACCAACGUCCCCGCGGAGAUUCUACUAAAGUUCCUGCGAAACCACGCCGAUUCUCUCAAUGCACUGGAACUACGAGACAUGCUCAUCCACAACGUCGACCUUGCCAUUCAGCAGAUCCCCAAGAUCUUGACUCUACAGCAUUGCUACAUGGAAUGUUUGUGGGACGACGCCUCAAGAGUCAGCAACGAGUCCGACGUCAACUACCUCUGUGUACUUUCAAGAGGGACGGACUUCAAUUCKCCAUACGAAGAAUCCGUCAAGGCGUAUCUUUUGGGGCAGAGCGAGACUAUGCCGCCAUUGGAGAGAGACGGAGGGUCAGGAGAGAUUCGGGAGUGGGCGGAGUGGCAGGCUGAAGCGGAUGAUGCUAUGGAGGACUGA